AUGAGCCUAAACAGCAGUUUUCUUCAUAUUUUGCUUGGGUGUUUGCUUCUAUCAUCUCUGAUUUUCACUGUGAAUUCCAAUGCACUUGGAGCAGAAUAUGAAUCUUCAUUUUCCUAUGUCUUGGGAGCUGAAAACGGGCCACACAAAUGGGGCAAAUUGAACCGGAAUUCGGAUUUAUGUGGGUCAGCAUGGACAGGUGAUGCCGGUGGGAUCACAAUAAAAGGAAGUGAGCAUAAAUUACUACAAUGCCAUUGCCAUAUUCCUGCUGAGCACACAGUAAAUGGAGUUAGGUUUGACACAGAGCUGCAUGUAGUUCACAACACCUCUGCAGGAAAUGUAGCUGUUCUUAGCAUCCUGUACAAGAUAGGAGAGCCUGAUUUUUUCUUCUCAAAGAUUAUACCUUACUUAAAAUCAAUAGGGACUGAAGGAGCUAAUUUGGGGGCAAUUGAUCCAUGGAGCAUCGGGUUAUCAGCCAAAGCAGAUUAUUACAGAUAUUAUGGCUCACUUACAACUCCUCCAUGCACAGAGAAUGUCACUUGGACAAUAUUUAAAACGGUAAGAACAGCCUCAGCAGAACAAGUAAGGGCACUAAGGGAUGCUCUUGAUGAUGUAAGUGACAUAAGUUCUUCAUUAGAUAAAUACGAUUUCUUGUUAUGA